AUGCACAAUUUUUAUGUCUCUCUGUUUUUCUUACUGGUUGGAAGCGUAUCUCUGGCGAUACCUAAACCUGAGGAUGUUAAAAAUCGAGUUUUGCAUAGGGAUUUGAGCAACAAAGAACAUUUUCAACAUUCCGAACAUAAUGUAGAAUAUGAUCAUGAAGCUUUUUUGGGAGAGGAAGCAAAGACUUUUGAUCAAUUAACACCAGAGGAGAGUAAAAGAAGACUGGGAUUAAUAGUCGAUAAAAUCGAUAAAGAUGCCGAUGGUUUCGUAUCUCAAGAUGAAUUAAAAAAUUGGAUUGAAUAUACUCAGAAAAAAUAUAUUCAAGAUGAUGUUGAUAGUCAAUGGAAAGUACAUGUCACACCAGAUAAAAAUAAAUUAGAAUGGGAUACAUAUAAAAAAAAAUUUUAUGGAUUUGUCGAAGAUAUUGAGCCGAAAGAACUUGAUAAAAAUGAAGAUGGAUAUUCCUACAAAUAUAUGAUAAAAAGAGAUAGAAGAAGAUGGAGCAUUGCAGAUGAAGAUGGUGAUGAUGCUCUUACCAAAGAAGAAUUUUCAGGAUUUUUACAUCCUGAAGAAAUGCCCAACAUGAGAGAUGUUGUCGUUUUGGAGACAAUGGAAGAUAUUGACAAGGAUAAAGAUGGAAAAAUAUCUUUAGAAGAAUAUAUUGGUGACAUGUAUAAAGGUGGAGAUGGAGAACCCGAACCUGAUUGGGUUAAGAAUGAAAGAGAACAAUUUUCUAAUUUCCGUGACAAAAAUGGUGAUGGUUUCAUGGAUGAAGAAGAAGUGAAAAAUUGGAUUAUUCCACCUGAUUUUGAUCAUGCAGAAGCAGAGGCUAGGCAUUUAAUUUAUGAAUCUGAUUCUGAUUCCGAUCAAAAAUUAACCAAAGCUGAAAUUCUUGCCAAAUAUGAUCUUUUUGUCGGUUCUCAAGCUACUGAUUUUGGUGAAGCUUUAACACGUCAUGACGAAUUUUAA